AUGCAGCGUCGGCGUGCGUGUGCGGCCCUGGCGCCGAUCCUGUCGGUGCUGCUGGGCCUCUUACUCGUCAAAGGCGACACAACUGAAAAGUACAGCGCCUUACUUUUGGGCAAUGAGGUGAUUCCAGCAGUCAACACCAAAGCCAGUGGCACUGCUAGCCUUAGCUUCACUGAGCAUGUCACAACCACUGGCGGCGAAGAUCGCCAUGAAGUCAGGUUUUGGACUGGGGACUACACGAUUACAGUUGCAAAUCUGACCAAUGUGCACACCGUGGAGGCACACCAGGCACCCAGAGCGUCCAAUGGAGAGCUGGUCUACUACUUCUACGGCCCCAACGACAACCCCACUGCAGUGGUGAACAACGGCAUCCUGGUGUCAGGCAGCAUUGACAAGGGGCAGCUGAGGGGCCCACUGCGCAACAAGAAUGUGAGUGACAUGAGGGACAGGGCCCAUGAUGGUGACCUGUAUGUGCUCGUUGUCACCACACAGAAUCCCAAUGGGGAGCUGCGCGGCCAGUUUGAGCCAGCCUAG